AUGUCUGACAUUGAUGAUCUCUUCGACUACGACGCCGGCCUCGAUGACGUUCUAAAAAACAUCCCCUCAGCUCCCAACAAGGAAACAUCCCAGACAGAAACUAAUGCCGACGCGACUAAGGUAUUGGGUCUCGAUGAAGAUAUAAAACCUACUAAGCAGAGAGCGCCUAUAGCUAAACUCGACGAGGCUCGCUUACUUUCACAAAGGGGAAUCCCGAAACUACGAAAGGACGUCAGAACCAAGCUCAAAUUCAAAGGCAAAGGUCACGAGUUUUCCGACCUCGGACGUCUCCUCAACUUCUACCAACUAUGGCUGGACGAUCUAUAUCCCCGCGCGAAAUUCGCAGAUGGUCUCGCUAUGAUCGAGAAAUUGGGUCAUACAAAGCGAGUUCAGAUUAUGCGAAGAGAGUGGAUAAACGAAGAGAAGCCAGAUUAUCGCAGACAUGACAGGGACCACGAUAACAACAACCACGACAAUAGUACUUUCACCUCGAAGAGGAAUGGAGCACCAGCAGAUACAAUUACCACGAGUAAUGACGCAACGAAUAAUGACCCACUAGGCGAUGAAUUAGAAGAUCUGUUCGCUGAACGUCCGAGACGCGGCUCUGCGCCAAAGCAAAACGCAUCUAACGGACCAAGUGACGACACACCACCAGACGACGACCUGGACAUGCUAUUAGCAGAAGCAGAAAACAUCACUUCGACACCGAAAAACAACACAUAUAACGAACCGUCAACCGGAGAUGCACCGCCGGAUGAUGACCUUGAUAUGCUCUUAGCUGAAGCUGAGAAUACUACUUCCGCUAUAAAGCAAACCUCGUCUAAUGAAGCAACUAUAAAUUCGCCUGCAAUAGAAACUAAUGACGAUAAUGAUGCGCCCCCGGACGACGAUCUUGAAAUGCUAUUAGCCGAAGCUGAGAAUAUCGCACAGGCUGGGAAUGGCGGCCGAGAAUCAAUUUUUAAUCGAAAGUGA